AUGUCAGCACCAGUAGCCAACGCAGCUGCUGCAGCGGGAUCAACAAAGUUUCAACAGUUCUUGAACCAUCCAGCUGGUCCUAGAACAAUCUUUUUUUGGGCUCCACUGGCAAAAUGGGCUUUAGUAGCUGCCGGUUUGAAAGAUCUCAGUAGACCAGCGGAGAAAUUAAGUGUCAGUCAAAAUGUCGCUUUGACAGCUACUGGAUUUAUCUGGGUCCGUUAUUCAUUCGUCAUCACCCCAGUCAAUUAUUCCCUCGCCGCUGUAAACUUCUUCGUCGGCGCUUCGGGGCUUAUGCAACUGGGUAGGAUCUGGGAUUAUCGGAGGAAACAUCCUGAAGUCAAGUGA